AUGUCGUCACCUGGACUUUAUGAUAUGAGUGGAGAUAAGGAGGCAGAGACUGUCAUUGUUGCCGUGCAUGGACUUGGCGGGGACUAUCUCAAGACAUGGGAGUGUGAGAUCAACGGGUGGAACUGGAUUCGAUCAUCAAUCGAACCGAGGCUCCAACAAGAAAAGGGCAUCAAAUCACGAGUCCUAUCAUUUUCGUAUGCCGCGAAAUUGAUGUCCACCGAGUCGACCGAGAAUAUCAGACAAGUGGCAAAGGUCUUGUUGGAAGGACUGUACGUGAAAAUGAACGAAAUGAAGCACAAAACCCUCGGUAUAGUUUUCAUUGCUCAUAGUUUGGGAGGCCUCGUUGUGAAGAAGGCAUUGAACAUUGCCUCUUCCAUUCACAAUAAGCGAUAUGAGCAUCUUUCCAGCAGCGUACGAGGUUGUCUCUUCCUCGGCGUACCGCACCAUGGCGCGGGUCUAGCAUCCGUGGCAGGCUGGGGGUCCUGGCUUUUGGGCCCCUUCAAGAGGUCCAGUUACGUAGAGGACCUUCGUAAAGACUCCCCGGCUUGUCAGGAGAUCAGCGAGGACUUUGUUCAAACCGCCAAAGACUUGAAGAUUAGGACAUUUUACGAAGACCGGCGGCUGAACGGUUUACUUGUGGUUCAACCAUAUUCUGCGCAAAUGAAUCAGCUAAGCGAGGUUGCGACGAUGCUACAAGGAUCUGACCACCGUACGAUUUGCAAAUUCCGCGGAGACGACGAUGUACGGUACGGAGAGGUAUGGGCAGCGUUGGUUGAAAUCGUCUCAUUCGAAAAACCGAAUAUAGUUCCUGGUGAUUUGCCAGGCCCAGACCCCUCGACCUACGAGGCCAAUGCGGGAUCUGGGGAUGGAGGCUACGCAGACUACGGGGAUAGCACGGGAGGCAGGAUUACGGAGGCUUCGGUCAGCCCGGAAGAGUCUCUCGGGGGCCACGGAUCUGGUGGAAGUGCCAAUGGAUACCACCACGCUAUUGCAGGGGGCGCUGAGGGAGCCACAAUUGAUUUUGACUAA